GAAUGUUGCGGUUUCCUUUAAAUUGUCUUAGCAUACAGUAUUGACACAACAACCGCUGAUCCGGAUACAGUCUUAUUUUACUUAGAUUCAUCUUUGGUUCAUUUUACAAAUUCAAAUGAAACAAUUUUUGAUUUUGGCCAUAAUCGUUCUCUCAAUCGCGCAAAUUGUAGCACGACCUGUUGAAUAUAGUGAUGGAAACGACGAUGUACUUGCACCUGAGCCGGAACCAACUGAAAUUCCAAUCGGCAAAUAUUUACUUUUCACUACAAAAGCGAAUUGGAUAGAAGCAACAAAACAAUGUCGUUCCAAAAACAUGAAAUUGAUAAGUAUUUUGUCAGAAGAGGACAACGACAAUGUUGUGAAAGUAAUCAAAGCUGCGGGUGAGGGUCGUAUCGGCUUUUGGACAUCGGGCAAUAGACGAAAAACGAAUGGUGUAUAUUUUUGGGGGAACGAGAAAAAAAUUACUUACACAAAUUGGGAGGCUGGCAAACCGGAUAAUGUUCGAUCGAACAACGGUGAAGAAGAACAAUGUAUAGAAAUAAUGGGAUUGAACAUACUGAAGUGGAAUUAUCGCUUUUGUAGCAAUGAAUUGUACUUUAUAUGCGAAGAACCACAUGAAUCAAUUGAUGAGACACAACCCAUUUCUUUACUUUUUGCUCAACAGAUUUUGACUGUGCAAAUGUUCGGUUAUUAUGAAAAUAAUGAAAACGAAGAAGUACUUACACCGGAACCGGAGCCAGAGCCACUUUAUGAUCUAGUGAAAAAAUAUCAUAUUUUUACUACGAGGGUUAGCUGGGCAGAUGCAAUGAGACACUGCCAAUCAGAAGGGCUGCAAUUGGUCAAUAUUUUAUCAAAAGAAGACAAUGAUAAUGUAAUACAAGCAAUAAAAGAUGCCAAUCAAGGUGAAAUCGGUUUCUGGACUUCUGGUAGUCGAACCAACAACAACGGAACAUAUGUGUGGGGAAAUGGACAACCACUUACAUUCACGGAUUGGGAAAAUGGAGUUCCAGACAAUCUACAUGCACACACUGGCUACGGACAAGAAGAAUGCAUUGAGCUCAAAGGGUAUCAUAUUCUGAAAUGGAACGAUCACUUGUGCAGCUAUAGACUGUAUUACAUAUGCGAAGAAAACACCAAACAAAAUUUGUUUUCAAAAUAAAUUUUUUGAUUUCAUGUUGACUAUUCAUCUUAAUUUAUUUGUCAAAUAAAUAUCGUAAACAAAAAAUUGGACAGA